CUGUGGGGCUAGGGAGUAAAAGACCUUCGAGAUUCCAAGCAGUAUCUUAGAUGAAGUGAAACAGCAGGAACAUCUUGCUAGUGCCACGGCCAUUGGUUACUUUUAUCCCCCAUUGGUCUCUGCUCUUGCAUCUUUGAUGUUCUGCUGAGCUUGCCGUCCCAGUCAUUAUCUCUGUUUAAGAGAGUUCAACUGGAAGAGUAGCUGCUAAAAUUUUUUUAAAGGGAUGCUAGCUGGCACUCAUCCUUUGCGGGUCCUUUGAUUAGAUUUACUUGUCAAAUUAAUUAUCCCUGGCUGGAAUUUCAGGAGAAGUUAUGGAAGUUGGGAUUUGCUGCUCCAUCUUUUAAGAAGUAAAUUGGAGGUCUUUAGUUAAAUAGCCCUCUCUCAGAAACAUGGGCAUUAGAGGCAGAGGGAAAAGAAGUCCUGUGUUCCUCAGGAUGUGUCUGCGUGUUCGUGAUAUAUGAAGUUUGGAGCUUUGCUUGAAAUAAAACCUUGGAAUCCUGAUGGGCAAUAUUUGGUCUGAAUGAGCAAGAUUUUCAUUAGAGGCAGACUCCCAAGAAAGAGUUAAAUACACUUCCUUAUUUGUGAAGGACAGUGUCUUCAGCCUUUUCUUCAAGAUUUUUUAUCAUGAAUUAUCACAUGUCAAUCUGGACAACUUACCAUAGUUAAAGUUUCACCAGUUGAAAAAUUGGAGACUUCCAGACUACUGAAAAGAAGGUGCUUUCAGAACUGGGGAUGUGAAUAAGACGCCUGUGCCAGGGCUCAUGAACCACCUUAAGUUGUCUUUCAGUAUGCAUGGGGGAUUGGUUCCAGGACUACUCCCCCCACUCCUACCCCUUGCAGAUAAACAAAAUCUGCAGGUGCUCAAGUAUCUUAUAUAAAAUGGCGUAGAACAAUGCAUACAGUCAGCCCUCUGGAUCCGCAGAUUCCCAACCAAAGAUCAAAAAUAUUAUUUAUCUGAAAAAAUGACUGCGGUGUUGGAAGACCAUUGCUAUUGGAAAGCCGGUUAGCAUCCAUUUCCUAAGAGAAACUUGACCACCAUUUGCUCUGGCAUGGCGCAAAGCAGUCCACAGCUUGAUAUGCAGGUUCUCCUUGACCUCCGACAACGUUUCCCUGAGAUUCCAGAGGGUGUGGUGUCUCAAUGCAUGUUACAGAAUAACAACAAUCUUGAAGCCUGUUGCCGAGCCCUUUCCCAGGAGAGUAGCAAAUACUUAUAUAUGGAAUACCAUAGUCCAGAUGACAACAGAAUGAAUAGAAAUCGCCUUUUGCAUAUUAACCUGGGUAUCCAUUCUCCUAGUAGCUACCACCCAGGAGAUGGAGCACAACUUAAUGGUGGUCGAACACUGGUACAUAGCUCAAGUGAUGGACAUAUUGAUCCACAGCAUGCAGCAGGUAAACAAUUGAUAUGUUUAGUUCCGGAACCACACUCGGCCCCAGCUGUUGUGGCUGCUACUCCAAACUACAAUCCAUUUUUUAUGAAUGAACAGAACAGAAGUGCAGCUACUCCUCCUUCACAGCCACCUCAACAGCCGUCUUCGAUGCAAACAGGAAUGAGUCCAUCUGCUAUGCAGGGGCCUUCACCUCCUUCAUACAUGCACAUACCUCGGUAUAGUACAAAUCCAAUUACUGUUACAGUAUCCCAAAACCUCCCUUCUGGACAGACUGUACCAAGAGCUUUACAAAUUCUUCCACAAAUUCCAAGCAAUCUCUAUGGGUCUCCUGGUUCUAUUUAUAUUAGACAGACAUCUCAGAGUCCAUCAGGAAGACGAACUCCUCAGAGUACCCCAUGGCAGUCCUCACCACAGGGCCCAGUGUCUCAUUAUAGCCAACGUCCUCUACCUAUUUAUCCACAUCAACAGAACUAUCAACCUUCUCAGUAUUCUCCCAAACAACAACAGAUUCCUCAGCCUGCUUACCAUUCGCCACCUCCUUCGCAGUGUCCUUCACCCUUCAGCUCUCCACAACAUCAAGUGCAACCUUCACCGUUGGGCCACCCGAGUUCCCACGUCUUUAUGCCCCCUAGUCCUUCAACUACUCCACCUCAUCCAUAUCAACAAGGACCUUCUAGCUAUCACAAACAGGGAAACCAUUCAGUAGCUUAUCUCCCAUAUACAACAUCUAGCUUACCCAAAGGAUCCAUGAAGAAGAUAGAAAUUACAGUUGAACCCUCUCAAAGGAGUCCUUCACCUAUCAGUAAUCAGCAGUCUCCACGGAAUCAGCACUCGUUGUACACAGCUACCACUCCACCCUCAAGUUCUCCUUCAAGAGGGAUAUCCAGUCAACCAAAACCUCCAUUUAGUGUUAAUCCUGUGUAUAUUACAUAUACACAGCCAACUGGACCUUCAUGCGCUCCAUCACCAUCUCCUCGUGUAAUACCAAACCCAACUACAGUUUUUAAAAUUACCGUAGGCCGAGCAACGACUGAAAAUCUUUUAAAUUUAGUGGACCAAGAAGAACCUUCUGCAGCCCCAGAACCUAUUCAGCCCAUUUCAAUGAUACCAGGCUCUGGGGGAGAAAAGGGAAGCCAUAAAUACCACAGGAGUUCUAGUUCUGGAUCAGAUGACUAUGCCUAUACACAAGCCUUGCUGUUGCAUCAGCGAGCAAGGAUGGAGAGGUUAGCAAAGCAAUUGAAACUUGAGAAAGAGGAGUUAGAACGAUUGAAGGCUGAAGUUAACGGUAUGGAGCAUGACCUAAUGCAGAGACGGCUCAGAAGGGUCAGCUGCACCACUCCGAUUCCAACGCCUGAGGAAAUGACAAGAUUGAGAAGCAUGAACAGACAACUCCAGAUAAAUGUUGACUGUACACUGAAAGAAGUUGACCUCCUUCAAUCUAGAGGAAACUUUGAUCCAAAAGCCAUGAAUAAUUUUUAUGACCACAUACAACCUGGCCCAGUGGUACCACCCAAGCCAUCUAAAAAAGACUCAUCAGACCCUUGCACAGUUGAGAGGAAAGCCCGAAGAAUUAGUGUGACCUCCAAAGUACAGGCGGAUGUCCAUGACACCCAGGCAGCAGCUGCAGAGCAUCUACCUGGCUCCAAGCACAAUCCUCAGACACAGCCCCGAGAUGAAGACUAUGAAGGGGCCCCAUGGAAUUGUGACAGCUGUACGUUUCUGAACCACCCAGCACUAAAUCGCUGUGAGCAGUGUGAGAUGCCCCGAUACACCUGAGUUCAGAAGAGUCUGCACCAGGUUGACAGUGAAGCUGAGCGCCCAUUAGAAGAAAAGGAAACUGCGGGGAUCUUCAUCUGUCCAGCCUUUUCAUUUCAGAUUCCAUAGGGGGUGGAGGAAUGCACUGUAGCUGCCUGUGCUCACUACAGGAAAAAUGGGGAAGGUUUUUUCCCUUCUUAACUCAUUACAGAGUGAGAGACAGAAAGGGAUACUUGAAACUGGGAAAGGAUUCUCUCCUGAAAGAAUGUACACAGAGAAGUCAAGAGCUCUUCUGUGGGAUCCAGUUGUUGAAGUUACUGCUGAGUGGCCCUUAUUUUGUAAACUAGAACUUGGAAUCAUAGUGUGACAUAUUACAGUUUAUGCAGGCAAACUGUGAAUCCCCAUAGCAGACUUACCUGGUCACAGCUCUCUGAAAAACAAAGCGCCUCCCCCCUUCCCCAUGCUUUUUCCCAUUGCUUCCUCCUGAAGAGGACAGGGAAAAGCACUUAGAAUAUG